AUUUUUUUUUUGAACUCAUCUGAUUCAGUUGAACUUGUCCAUUCUCUUAUGGAUCUAAUUUUUCGUAGUUUUUGGCAUUAUUUGUGUCGAUUAUCUUUAUGUUUAUUCAAUGUAAUUGGAUAGCUUGCAUCACUAUAUGAUAUUGUAACUUUAUGGGUUUCCAAGGUUUUAUUUAGUAAUUUACUGAAUUAUAGUCGAGUUAUUAGUAUUUAUGUAAGACAAAAUCAUUUCUCAAAGAAAUCCUUCAACAAUUUUUGAUUUACAUGCCUGAAGUUAUCCAUACUCUGAUUUGCUUCUGAUAUUUUGGACUAAGACCUUGAAAGAGAGAACCUUCAAAAGUUUUCUCAGAGUAUGAGUUUCUAUAUUUCCCCCCCUCUAUUAAGUAACUUUUUAUUACGCGAUUCGCAGAAAAAAAUGAGUGAAGAAACUGAAGCUAAUUCAUCUGAGCGACGAUCAGCCCCACGUCUGAACCAGAGGAUUCUUUCAUCGUUAUCGAGGAGAUCCGUAUCUGCUCAUCCUUGGCAUGAUCUUGAGAUAGGUCCAGAUGCUCCUGCAAUUUUUAAUGUUGGUGUGGAAAUAACGAAAGGGAGUAAGGUUAAAUAUGAACUUGACAAGAAAACAGGAUUGAUCAAGGUUGAUCGAGUUUUAUAUUCAUCUGUUGUGUAUCCUCAUAAUUAUGGUUUCAUUCCUCGUACACUUUGCGAAGACAAUGACCCCAUGGAUGUGUUGGUCCUCAUGCAGGUAGCUAGCUUUUUAAGCUAUGAACUUAUGCAGAGCACAAAUGAAGCAGACUUCUUCACUGAAUACGGCAAAGCGAGCCGAUACCAGAUUCAUGAGGUGGUCGGCAAGGGAAGUUAUGGGGUCGUCGACGCGGCCGUGGAUACCCACAAUAGAGAGAAAGUGACAAUCAAGAAGAUAAACGAUGUCUUCAAGCAUGUUUCGGAUGCUACUCGCAUCCUGCGAGAAAUCAAAUUGCUUGGGCUGCUCCGCCACCCUGACAUUGUAGAAAUUAGGCACAUAAUGCUUCCUCCCUCACGGAGAGAAUUUAAAGAUAUUUAUGUUGUUAUCGAGUUGAUGGAAUCUAACCUUAAUCAAGUUAUCAAGGCAAAUGACAAUCUCAUGCCUGAACACCAUCAGUUUUUUAUGUACCAGCUUCUGCGAACUAUGAAGUAUAUCCAUAGCUAUGAAGUAUAUCCACAUUGGUGAAUGCCUUUUUUUUUUUGC